GAAUGGUGUAAGCGAUUGAGGGUUGUCGUGCAGUUGGGUCUAUGACUGGGGCUUCUACGACAGGAAAUAGCAUACUCACAGUUAGUCACAGUGCUAUACCUGUUGCCUAGGGUUGUACAUAGUCGUGGUUAGGCUGUCGACUGCAGAUUACAAAGCCUAGCCCAAAGCACAGCCCGAGCUGCUUGCCAUGGCACUUCAGGCUACAAUUCAGGGCCUUAAGGCCCAGGCUGGAUCGCAACUGGGCCUUUCGGUUGCGCGUCUUUUUGCGUCCGCAGCAGCCCCAAUUAAGGUUGAGGUCAUGCCCUACAAGGUGCACCGCAUUGAUGCGCCUAGCAACAUCGUGGAGACUAACGUAACCGAGCUCAUGGACUUCUACAAGCUCAUGUACAAAAUGCGGCGCAUGGAGAUCGCGGCCGACAUGAUGUACAAGGCCAAGUUCAUUCGCGGCUUCUGUCACCUGUACGACGGCCAAGAAGCCGUUCUCACCGGCAUCGAGGCCGCCAUCACGCUCCAGGACUCCAUCAUCACCUCCUACCGCGACCACUGCCAACACGUCACCCGCGGCGGCAGCGUGGUGGGCCUUAUGGCGGAGCUGAUGGGCAAGAAGGACGGCGCCACGCGCGGCCUGGGCGGCUCCAUGCACAUCUACAACCGCAAGAACAACUUUUACGGCGGCAACGGCAUUGUGGGCGCACAGAUUCCCCUCGGCGCGGGUAUCGCGCUUGCCCACAAGUACAAGGGCGAGAAGAACGUGUGUAUCACCAUGUAUGGAGACGGUGCCGCGAACCAGGGGCAAAAGUACGAGGCGCUCAACAUGGCUGGGCUUUGGAACCUGCCGGUCAUCUUUGUGUGCGAGAACAACCACUACGGCAUGGGAACCGCGGAGUGGCGCGCCGCCAAGUCGCCCAACUUCUACACGCGCGGGGACUACAUCCCGGGUAUCAAGGUGGACGGCAUGGAUGUGUUGGCCGUGAAAAACGCGGUUGCGUUUGCCAAGGCCUACGCCCUCGCCAACGGCCCCAUCGUCAUGGAGAUGGACACCUACCGCUACCACGGGCACUCCAUGUCGGAUCCUGGAUCCACCUACCGUACUCGUGACGAGAUCAACGCCAUGCGCACGGAACGCGACCCCAUUGAGCGUGUGAAGAAGCUGCUGCUGGCCAACGGCGUGGAGGCGGCGGAGCUCAAGAAGAUUGAUCGCGAGGUGAAGAAGGAGGUGGACGAGGCGGUUGAGGCGGCCAAGGCGAGCACCGCGCCUCCGGAGCACUGGCUGUGGAAGAACAUGUAUGUGAAGC